CUCAGCAUUAUUCAAGCCGCCUGGCCUCGCUGGCCACUCAGCGUUCCAGUCAAGUGACACGCGCUGAGCAGCCACGCAGUCAUAUAGACCAGCUGAGCACGGCGAACGUCAAGCCCGCCCUUGACGAUCCCUACCUCCGAACCUGAGUACGUCCAGAUCUUCGUGGGAGAUCCAUGGAUGAGUCCGCGCUGCCCAGACUAGCGUUUCUCGGACCGCUAGGAUCAUAUUCGCACUCCUGCGCCGUGGAAAGAUUCGAGGAUUCGGUGCAGUACGCAGAGCAAUCUACUAUCGCAGAUGUCUUUCGCGCGGUCUCCCCCGAAAUCCCCUUUGCUGUGAUUCCACAAGAAAAUAGCAUCCAUGGAACCGUCAUCGAGACAUAUGACGUUCUCCGCAGCCCGGAGGCAGGACAGUGUGUCUUCGUCCGCGGCGAGCUAGCCUUGGCCGUCCAGCACUGCUUGGUCGUGCGACAGGGCGUCAAGUUGGAAGACGUACAAAGGGUGAUGAGCCACGAGCAGGCUCUUGGGCAGUGCUCUCGCUUCCUCUCGGCACGCCUGCCAAAUGCCACUCGUAUGAAGGUACCGUCCACAUCUGCAGCUGCAAACGCCAUCUUGUGCUGCGGUGAAGGGUCUGACGAGCCUGAGAGCGCGGCCAUAUGCUCCGCUCAAUGCGCCGACCUCUUCGACGGCCUCGAAGUUCUCGAAAGCGGCAUUCAGAAUGAACUAUCCAACACAACUCGGUUCUACAUUCUCUCGAAUUCUUUGGAUGCGCCCCUUCCCGGCGGCAAGAAAGAGACUCGCCGUCAGCGAGCUCUUGUCCGUAUUGGAAAUCAAUUACGCCAUCACAGAGAGGGAGAGCCGCCGUCCUCGACACAGUUGUCGCGCAUUGUCACAAGCACCCUGUUAACAACCUUCGGGUGCCCCGCUCUCCGCAUCGACCGUAGGCCCUCGUUGAACGGAGUUCCUUUCGAUGAUGUCUAUUUCGUAGAGGUGGGAGAUCUGACACCGCCAGUUCAUUCCGAAGUAGCAAGUAAGAGCUGCGAAGAGGAGUGGCUCCAGAGGGUGCAAGAUGGAAUAGAGAGGAUCAAUGCUACUGGAGGGGAGGCGGUGAUCCUAGGUCUGUGGUAGGACUGGGGUCUUGCACGUAUUGCAUAGUGUAUCUUGGCCUUUCUUGUAAUUCAUAGUGCUCUCUUGAACUUGUCUCGAAUCGCUACGAAUUU